CUCAACUCUGUGAGAAAUCCCAGCUUCAACCCGCACAUCUAGUCUCAAGGAUUUGACAAAGUAGUCAUUCCACUGAGGCCUUUUUACCAUGGCCACCCACGAGCAGCUCGAGUCUACCUCCUCCCGCCCUGCUCUUGACCCUACCACCUCGAAAGAUGUCGCAUCCUCCACAACACAGAAGGCAAAAUCCGCUCAAGCGGGCGUGGCACCUACUACGAUUCACAUUGGCACAAGGAAGUCCGCCCUUGCCAUGAUCCAGACCGACAUGGUCCUUAAAGCCCUCAAAAAGGCCCAUCCGGCGGAUCAAUAUGAAUAUGAAGUUCAUGCCAUGAGCACUAUGGGAGACAAGAACCAAAUCACCGCCCUCCAUAACUUUGGCGCCAAAAGCCUUUGGACCCAUGAGCUGGAGGCUGGAUUGCUAGAAGGACGAUUGGAUAUAAUUGUGCAUUCUUUGAAGGAUAUGCCUACGCAAUUACCACCCAAAUGUACGAUUGGCUGCAUAAUGGAGAGAGAAGACCCUAGGGAUGCGGUCGUUAUGAAGGCAUCACUGAAUUACAAGAGUCUUGCUGAACUCCCGGCCGGAUCAGUCGUUGGCACCAGCAGUGUGAGGCGCAGUGCGCAGGUCAAGAGAAAAUAUCCACAUCUCAAGUUCAAGGAUGUAAGAGGCAAUGUUGGAACGAGAUUAAGCAAGCUUGAUGCGGAGGAUGGCGAGUAUGCAUGUCUGAUAUUGGCGGCUGCGGGACUGAUCAGAAUGGAUCUUGGUGGUCGAAUUACACAGUACUUGGACUCGAAGACCACUGGCGGUGGACUGUUACAUGCCGUUGGUCAGGGUGCGCUCGGCAUUGAGAUUAGGGAGGGAGAUGAGAAGAUUCUCGAUGUUUUGAGACCCCUGGUUGAUCAUGAUUCUACGUUGGCAGGUACCGCAGAGCGGAGUUUGAUGCGUACAUUAGAGGGAGGAUGCAGUGUACCGAUUGGAGUCGAAACAACAUGGAUCGAGAAGGGAAAGAUGUUGAUGAAAGCCAUCGUUGUUAGUCUUGAUGGAACAGAAAGUGUGGAGGCUGAGAGAUUAGAUGAGAUCCUCACUACGAAAGACGCAGAUGAGUUUGGUUGGAGGCUUGCCCAAGACCUGGUUGAGAAAGGGGCAUCAAAGAUUCUUGAUGCGAUCAACCUCAAUCGCCAAGUUAUUGCAGAAGGUGGCGGAGCUUAAUUCAAACCCCAGAUGGGUGGGCUUUCAUGUAGAAAAGGGUGGGAAAAGUGCAUACAUUCUGCUCGUCCCAUGCCUGCGAAUAGCUGGCUUUUUCUCCCGCUGCCAAGAAACUCCAUGUGGUUAUUGCACCUCGAAUUCUA